AGCGCCAGCAAGUACAUCAUCAAACUCUCUUACCACCUCAUCUGCACUGAGUUACGCAGCAAGGGAAAAAAAAUUCUACACUGUAUUUACACAACAGAAAGAAACACACAAGACGAGACGUACUAGAAAGAUUUAGAAACCCAGAGCACCUUUUAAUAUAUAUAUUUUUAACAGAGCUCUUUGGGGCUUAAAAAAAACAAAUACAUAGAUCGACAUCUGAUUCUGUUCGGAGUUAUAUGACUGUGGAAUUAUAAACAGCAAAUAUGAGAGCUCAAAUCGAAGUGAUCCCGUGUAAAAUCUGCGGGGACAAGUCCUCAGGAAUACAUUAUGGCGUCAUCACCUGCGAGGGCUGCAAGGGUUUUUUCCGGCGCUGUCAGCAAAACAACGCCACGUACUCCUGCUCUCGCCAGCGCAGCUGCCUGAUCGACCGCACCAACCGAAACCGCUGCCAGCACUGCCGCCUGCAGAAGUGCCUGUCGCUGGGCAUGUCACGGGACGCAGUGAAGUUCGGUCGCAUGUCCAAGAAACAGCGGGACAGCCUGUACGCGGAGGUCCAGAAGCACCAGCAGAGCCAGGAGCAGACUGCCCCCAAGGAGGCGCCUGAGAGCCAUUGCACGCCCUACAGCAACAGCUCCAGCGUGGGGCUGAGCGACCUCGAUGACAUCAGCGCCCUGCAGGACGGGCUGCUCUUCGACCUCCCGCUGACCCCCGAGGGGGCCGGCUACUACAGCACGGAGCUGCUGACCUCGGCACAGUCCUCCCCUGAGCAGCACAGUGCCGAGCUCUCGGACGCCAGGCACAUCAAGCAGGAGUACCAGCCCAGCCUCUUCUCUCCCCUGCCAGAGGGCACCUCCGUCCUGGAGAUCGAGCGGGUCUCGCAGAACAUUGUCAAGUCUCACCUGGAGACGUGUCAGUACACAGCAGAGGAGCUGAAGAGACUCACCUGGACUCUAUACACACAAGAGGAGAUCCGGACCCUGCAGAGCAAGUCCACAGAAGCGAUGUGGCAGCAUUGCACUCACCAGCUCACCAAUGCCAUCCAGUACGUCGUGGAGUUUGCCAAACGCAUCACCGGCUUCAUGGACCUCUGCCAGAACGACCAGAUCAUUCUGCUCAAAGCAGGGUGCCUGGAGGUGCUGCUGAUUCGCUCAUGCCGCGCCUUCAACCCAGUCAACAACACGCUGCUCUUCGACAGCAAGUACGCGGGGACUCCAGUCUUCAAAUCCCUCGGCUGCGAUGACCUCAUCAACGGCGUGUUCGAGCUGGCGAAGGGGCUGAGCCGCCUGCAGCUGACGGAGGAGGAGAUGGCUCUGUUCAGCGCCGCCGUGCUGCUGUCACCUGACCGGCCCUGGCUGACGGACACUCAGAAGGUGCAGAGGCUGCAGGAGCACGUCUACCUGGCCCUGCAGAGCUGCCUGCAGAGGAGCCCAGCCAGCAAGGAGAAACUCACUAAGAUGGCCUCCAAGCUGCAUCUGAUGAAGUCAAUCUGCAGCCUGCACAUGGACAAGCUGGAGUUCUUCAGCCUCGUGCACCCCGACACGGCCUACAGCUUCCCCCCCUUGUACCGCGAGGUCUUCGUCAGCGAGGUGCAGUACCCAGAUUCCAACGAGCGCUAAGCCAGGGGGACCCCCAGGAAAAUCCACUGACGCAGCGUUCCCCCUCGGCCCCCGAACCCCAACACAGAACAAGAAAGCACUUGAAUGAAUGAGUGACUGAAUGUACCACUCCUUGGACAAACCGCGAAGGAGACCAAACAGAUAAGCUGCUCAAGUCCAGAGAAUAUACAGAACGGUGCACUGGAGAAGGCGAGCCAAGCCGAGCUGCGGCCCACCUCAUCUUCGAGUUUCUUUAAGAAACAAACAAAAGGGAGCAAGGAAGCGAAGGGGACAACCCCAGAUGGAGCGCGUGCCCCCCCCCGUCUCCCCAGCCUGCCUCCGUCCUCCUUUCCCACAAGCGCACACUCACGCUCAGCCCCCAAAGUGGGAACUGCCCUGCUUUUCCUUGCACACCCACGCACGAUAGAAUUAGAGUGAUUUUUAAACAUGCUUUUUUAAUUUUAUAUGUAAAUAGUAUAUAUGUUCUGGUAAUGCCACACGGGAUAGCCACUGCUGUUUACCUUUAAGACAGGAAGAAUGCAACUGCCUGGUCUGUCAUUGCGUAGCCAUGAUAACGAUCCGCUCUGCAGAAUGGCGUCACCUGCUGGACUUUUAAAAUAUAUCUUUUGAAAUGAAAAUAAGCAAGAAGGUUGGCCCCACUGCUGGAGGGAAUCUCUCACUGUGGUCCAAGCAGGACAGCCCUGGCUACAGCUCAAACUGCCACCUCAAGGCUUGUAUCCGGGCCUCUGAAAACAAACAAAUAAAUAAAUAAUAACUCGGAUUUGUUUUGUUAGAAGCUUUCUCUGUAAAAAGAAAGGUCAGUAUUGUCUUCUUUUUUGUACCUUGGUGCUGACCGACAUUGCUGCUGUUUGCGCAGACACGAAGGAAUACCACAUUCAUUCAAGCCAUGAUUUACUAAAUGAACCUACUAGCGUACCUUUGAAUGGGACAGAAUGCCACACGUGGGGGCAGGACCAUACAGAGGGACGCAGGCUACACUACACUCUCAGUAUUUGAUGCAGAUAUUUGACUACAGCAAUAGUAUCGGUUGUAAAGCUCUUGUCAUGUGCUAUCUAGUGACAGGAGUGUGACGCUGCGGGCGGGCAGGCAGCUAUACAAAGAUACACUAUCAGUUUAUCAAGACAGUCUUCACGUGCCAGCACUACAUUCUGCAUUUAAAAAUGCAAGACGGAUCCCUAGCCCCCUCUAGUGGAAUAAUUAGGGACUGCCAAAACAUUUUUAUUUUUUUUUUAUCUUGUAACCAAUUACAUGGUUGGAACAAAGACUGGCCUGGACUGGACCAGCCAAGGUUUAUCCGCCAGUCUAUCUGUUUGUACCACAUGGUUGGUCGGUGGUCACUGAUUCCUGCCGUGGCAUCAGUGUGCCCUCUAGAACUCCCAGGGUGAGAGCUGACCUCUGCUAGCGUUCUGGGCAGCGUGUGGAGUUCCCUUUCAAUUGAAUGACAACCUUUACCGAAUGGGAAGAGCCCUCUCUGACCGCCAAUCACCGCGCAUAUAUAAAAAAAGAUUUUCUUGUGAAUGAUGGGAGCGGAGAAAAGAACUAGAAAGCUGUCUGUAAAUGCAAAAAAAAAAAAAAAAAAAAAAAAAAAAAAGAAGCUAAGAAGCGGAUAUGAAAGUUUUUAAAAAUGUGCAUUGAUGUUAUUAUUAGAAUGCUAGCCUUCGUUUCAACGUGUUUUUUUUUUUUUUUUUUUUUGUCAUGUAAAACUGUAAUUCUAUUUUUUUAAAAAGAACGAAAAAAUGAUUUUAUGAUGACGUGGAUGCUAAAGUUGACCAGA